GCGUGACUCGAACUUUGACACGGAAAAAAACAAAAAAAAGAAUUCGUCACUUAUCUUUUCUCAUGCGAUUGCAUGAUAAGUGACUCUUCGAUGUUUACUUUGCUGCGCAGAAUGACGCACAACGGAUUUCCGGGCCGAUCAACCCAUAUUAAUGAGUCUUAUGAGGAAGCCAUAAAGGCGCUGAGUCUUACUCUGCAAAGCAACGCUGCUUAUUUGCAAUCUGUUAAACCACAUUUUGCAAAUGAUCCUGCGAAAUUGAAGGAAACAGAAAAAUAUUUACUGCGGUCUGGUAUUACUUUGGAGCAAUUGGACAGUCUGUCUAUCAUUCAUGUGACUGGUACCAAGGGUAAGGGUUCAACCUGUGCAUUUACAGAGGCGAUUCUGCGACAGCAUGGCUUCAACACGGGCUUCUUCAGUUCGCCGCAUCUGAUCUCCGUGCGGGAACGCAUACGGUUGAACGGUGAUCCCAUUAGUCAGUCACAUUUCACUCGUUCUUUCUGGAAUGUAUACCGACGUCUGGAGCAAAAACGAGAAUAUGAGUCCGACAUGCCGACAUACUUCAAGUUUCUGACGGUUCUCAUGUUUCACGUGUUUCUGGAGGCAAAUGUUGAUGUAGCGAUCAUCGAAGUUGGAAUCGGUGGCGAACUGGAUAGCACCAAUAUCCUGCGAAAUCCGAUUUGCGUGGGUGUCACGAGUCUGGGUCUGGAGCACACCUCGCUGCUAGGUAACACUAUGGAAGAGAUAGCUUACCAAAAAUCGGGAAUCUUCAAACCUCAUGCGGUAGCUUUCACGGUGCCGCAGCCGGAAUCGGCAAUGCGCGUUCUGCGAAAACGAGCCGUAGAAAGAAAAUGCCGUGAUUUUCAAAUAGUUUCCACAGUCCAAGAUCGUAAGUGGAACGAUGUUUUAUCAUUAGCAGGUAUUGACAUUAGUGGUGUGCAGCAACAGAAUGCUUUGCUAUCGAUCAGCAUGGCAUUUGAGUGGAUGAAAUCGCAUUACAAUCAAACCAUUGUAAACAAUAAGUACCACGUUAAUAAUUAUUACAAUCUCCAAAGCGACAAGGAUGACUUAUCACAAAUUAUUUCUUUAAAUAAAGUUACGAUAGCACUGACAAACUGUAAAUGGCCAGGUCGCACACAGAUUUUAAGGACUAGUGUAGCGAAUUUCUUUCUGGACGGUGCUCAUACGAUUGAGAGUAUCAUUAAUUGCGUAUCAUGGUUCAAGAGAGUUAGCCGAAAAACCUCCAGUAAGUUCUUAAUAUUCAAUAUCAGCGGUGACCGGAAUUCUCUGGAAUUAUUAAAGCUGCUGAGACCUUUAAACUUUGAUAAAGUUUAUUUCGCUCCAAAUUAUGCUGGAGUGACUAGCGUGGAGGAUUUAUCGAAUUAUGCGUUAAUUGAUGAGCAAAGAAAGAAAUGUAAGAAGCACUGUGAGUUGUGGGGUGAGGGUUCGGUAUCGAAGAAUAGUGUCGCCGAGGUGCUCUACGAUAUUAAGAGGCAUGUAUCGUUGCGGACGGACAGUGAUGAUAAAGUAGAGAUACUUGUAACGGGAUCCUUACAUUUAAUUGGCGCGUUAUUGGCUAUUUUGGAUCCCAAUUUGACAAUGACUAGUGACUUUUAACAUGAGAAUAAAAUUUGUUAAGGUAC